AAUUCAAAUACAAAACGACGCCGUCAGCCCUCUUCCUUCCACUACUCUCUCUCUCUCUCUCUCUCUCUCUCUAUCUCCGUCUCUCUCUCUCUCUCAUGGCGAUAGCAGCAGAGACCCAACCUCAAGAGCAGCAGCAGCAUUUUUCGGGGGCUUCAGAUCCCACAAGGAAGAGAUGGACAUUGAAUGACUUUGAUUUCGGUAAACCUCUGGGACGAGGAAAGUUCGGACAUGUUUACAUGACGAGAGAGAAGAAGAGCAAUCAUAUUGUAGCAUUGAAAGUUCUGUUUAAGAUCCAGCUGAAGCAGUCUCAGCUUGAAAACCAGCUUUGCCGGGAAGUCGAAAUACAAAGCCAUCUCCGGCACCCCAACAUUCUGCGACUCUAUGGGUACUUUUACGAUCAGAAACGAGUCUAUCUGGCACUAGAAUAUGCAGAGAAAGGAGAACUAUAUAAGGAGCUGCAGAAAUGUAAAUACUUCAGCGAAAGAAGGGCGGCUACUUACAUAGCAUCGUUAGCUCGGGCCCUCAUCUAUUGCCACGGAAAGCAUGUUAUUCAUAGAGACAUCAAGCCAGAGAACCUGUUAAUUGGCGCAAAGGGUGAAGUGAAAAUUGCAGAUUUUGGGUGGUCUGUCCACACAUUCAAUCGGAGAAGAACCAUGUGUGGGACGCUUGAUUACCUUCCACCUGAGAUGGUGCAGAACAUAGAGCACGACUCGAGUGUUGACAUAUGGAGCUUAGGUGUAUUGUGUUAUGAAUUUCUCUAUGGUGUGCCUCCUUUCGAAGCACAGGAGCAUUCAGACACCUGCAGAAGAAUCGUGCAAGUCGAUCUGAAGUUCCCCUCAAGCCCGACAGUUUCGUCAGUCGCGAAGGACCUUAUUAGUCAGAUGUUGGUGAAGGAUUCUUCACGCAGGCUGCCAUUACACAAGCUUCUCAAGCAUCCAUGGAUUGUCGAAAAUGCUGAUCCCUCGGGGAACUUCAACUGUUGAAUUUGAUUUUAAUUCUCGAGAUUGGUUGUACCAAAUACCACAGUCCGCAGGUAGAGGUUUCUUUGCCAAGAACAGUGUCUGUACCUGGUGUACAAAGUAGUGCACCUCAAUGACUAAAUCUCAGAUUAGUCUCUUGUAAAGGUGUCUUGCCCAAAUUUGGAUUAUCAGAAGUCGAAACGUAAUUAGGAGGUAGCCCAAAACUGCUUUGUACUAGGUCCAAAGUGGCCCGGACUCCAAUUCAAGCCAACUUUUGUUGUAUAGAUUUAAAAAAUUGCAGGUAUGAUCAUAAGGUCAACUUUACAUGA